AUGGCAGCUCGAAAAGUUUAUCUGCUUUGCAUGGUGUUAAAAUCAAAACAAGAAAAAGAAGGUAUUUUAAAAACACUUUAUAAUGCUCAACCUGGUGACUUUGACGAUAUUUAUCAACGACUGGACAACGCUAGUAAUAUGCUUGAAUAUAGAAAAUACGGUGAAACUUUAUUUAAAAUUCUUCUUACCAGUGGUGUAUUAGGUUCGUAA